CUCUUCACCCUCAACGACCUCCACGACUGCAUGGCUGCUCGCCGCUGGCUCUGUGCCAACUUUUUGGAGCUGGAGGAUAACGCCAUCGUCUACGGAAACAACAUCGACAUCUACACCACCGUAGAGACUCUGCUGAGCCUCGGCAUUCGUGGAUCUCGUAUCCAUCUUGUCCUCUUGCCUCCUGUGCCAGGCGUCUCCAGCUUCUUGGACUCAUCUGUAGAAAAAGCCGCGGCGAUGGCCAUGGAGAACGCCAUGGUCCAGAUCCACCGUAACUGUGUGCUGGCCCAGUUUAACAAUGGCAAACAACCCGACCCGCUCACAUCGGCAUCGUUUACCACUGAUGCAGAGCCUCUCCAUCUGCAGUGUGGAGUGUUCAUCAACCUCUCCAAUAAAGGAGUCGACUAUGACGCCUUCAACAGCUUCAACAAGUCCUUCCUGGUAUUUGAUGGCAGGCUUGUCAUAAACUCCAGCUUCAGAACCACCAAUUCGUCCAUUUGGGCUGCCGGGCCUCUCACCAAAUUCUCCCGCCGUUACUACAUAGAUGAGUGGACACAUGCCAACUUUAACUCCAAGGAAGUGGGCCAGGACCUGGCAGCCAUGAUGCUGCCCCUGUUUGAUCCAACCGUGGAGCCUGCUGAGGCGCCUCCACCUGAAACAGAUCGUCUGGUACUGCUGUACAAGCAGGCCAAGAUUCAAGGUGGUAAGCUUCCUGGAGGAUAUCACUACCUGCAUGUGACCAAACCAUCUCCAACAGACCUGACAGGCCCUAAAGUUAAACAGUUACAGGACAGAGCAAUUGUGACGGGACAGCCGGAGAGAGGCGACUACUUCUGCUUGCAUCUUGACUGCUAUGAGCUUGUGGAGGCGCUCACCUGCUUGUCCCUGAAGCCUCUCCCCGUCUCCAAUUACCUGAGUCUCUACAUGAAACAUCAGCAGCUGCUGGGCCAGCUGCUGAACUGCUACCAGCAGGGCCUGAUCCCUGAUCUGUACAGUUUCUUCACACAGAGCAGCUGUUUGGCCGUUUUCCACGACAGAUUCUCCGAUUUAGAGCAGGAGCUUCAGCAGACCCUCAAACUCAAGGACCUCUGCCCUCCGGACCAAUUGAAAGACGAGGACAGUCGAGCGGCUCUGAGGAGCAGUGCUGUGAAGUAUCUGAGUUACAACCGAAACCUGCUGCCCAUGUUCGCCUGCCCGGGCCAGCUCUGACCUCACGCCUGUUAAAAUACUAAAACAAAUCAGACUCUGUUUGAGGUGUGGUAACUGGUUUAUAUUGUGUAUGUGUCACUGGAUACCUCCAAUCAUUUGAGCUGGCUCAGGAAUGCUGUGGAGACACUGUGUCUGCUAUGUGUAAAUAUAUUAUUAUAUCAGAUCUUUAGAGUCCUGGAGAAAUUUUUAAAAUCAGCAGCUCAGCACAAAAACACAGUCAGGAGUCACAUGACAUUUUUUAGUCCUGUUAUGUUCAGAGAAAGCAAACAGACAGUCAGCGUCUCCAAACUGGAUUACUCACACCAAAACACUGAUUAACACUACUGAUUUGUUUUCCAUCAAAUGGUUAAAAAAUAUGUGUUUUCUUAGAUUGCUUCGAUUAAUCAAUAUAAUCCAAAAAUUUUCCAUCAAAUAAAUGUUAUUUUAAUUGUUUUCAGAGAUAGAGAGAGAGAGUGGUCUAAUCCAGUAAAACUUUCUUUGUGUAAGAGUUCUGGCUAACUUUUAACGUCAUUACCAUUAAAUUAAU